GCAAAUGGCGCCUCCGAACAGAGUUCUGUGCUAGUUGAGUCAGGUUACUUGUAACGAUUGUAGCGACUGCUUGAAAAAGAGUUAACUUGAAUGUGUGUUUCCUGAAUUAUAUAGUGAUCAGUGAAGUAGAUAAUCUGUGCAGUGUUGACUGAACUCAAAAUACUGCAACAAUGAACUGGAUUAAGGCGGUCACAAGACAGGAAAGUUUGGAGAUUUUACUUCGUCCGAGGCUGCUAGUAGUGAAUCUGCUGUUCCACCACGGCGCUUUCAGGGCGAAAGAUACACGCCUUUGAUUAAUAUCUCAGUCAGCUCCCAUAGCAAUACCAUUCAGAGUGAUAGAAGGAAUUGUUGGCUGCAGUGGGAAAGAAGAAUACUGCCAGACCACGAAGCUGCACAAGACCAAUGAUGAAAGUUUCUACCAAGAGUUGGCAGCGUGGCUUCUUCUCAUCAAGUUGACUUAAAUGAAUACGAUAUCCACUCAAACUGUUUAUUUUAGCCAUUUGUGCAAUCUGAACGUACGUUUUUUUUUCCGAGUUUUUAAAUUGUUUUGAGUUCUUCGUAAGUUGUUCGGAGCUACAUAUUCAGUAACACCGUAGAGUGAGAAGUGUGACGCAAGAUGGAAGCACGAGUCUGCUGUUACCACGUCGCACUGAUCGUCCUUCUCCUGCUACAAUGGGCGAUUCCCGGUCUGUCACAAGUUGCCUGGACACCGAUCUACGUAGAUGGCAACAGUCAGGUGGAUCUAUGGACGCAGGAAGCCAAAGGCUGCAAAUGUCCUUUCGAUUCGUCUCGUCAGGACUGUGCGUGUUGCGUGCGAGACGGGGGCUGUCACUGUGGGCGAGGAUCGCCAAACCGCUGCAGUCAAUGCGGUCUGGAGCAACACUGUAGCAACAUGUGUAACAUUACGGUUGACUCGCGAUACCUGGUUGCACGCUCAGGGAAGACGUUUGGGCAAAUCAAGUCACCAUCCAUGGAAGGCCCAGUGUUCUGCUGGUACCUACUUCAACCAGACACGGGGCAGCGUGUUGAGAUUCAGGUGUACCGCCUCGUGAGCGUCGGUCGCUUCAACGGUAGCAGCUGUGAGGGGGGAUUCCUGCAGCUUGUGGACGGUGCCGAGCCCAGACCCCGACCCGGACACUCACAAAUUUGCGGCAGCAAUGAGCGUUACACUCCGCCUGUGGUUCUCUUUGCUGACCGGGGAUCUGCCACUUUGCUCUUCCACAUUGGAGAACCCACUUUUCGCUCCCAGUUCCUUGCCUACUUCAGCUUCACUUCUUCAAGCAGCAUUCAAGGUGCGGGAUUCCAGGCACGAGGCGGCAGGCGUAUUGAGCACACAGAAUGUGACUGGCUGUACCAGGACUUCUCUUGUCGGGAUCCUGGAUCCUGUGUGCUAGCGAGUCCUGGUUACCCAGGCCUAUACCCCCCAAACAGACAAUGCAAGUAUCUUAUUACCACUAGCUCAAUCCACACCCAGGUUCACAUCAUCUUCACGGCUUUGCUCCUACCCCACAACCACUGUGGCACAGACUAUAUAGCUGUCUACCAGGGAUCAACACCGUCCAGUCAUCUUUUGACCACUAUAUGUGCUAACAGAAAAACGCAACUCCAGUAUCCUGGACCAAACCUCCUCCUUGAGUUUAGCUCGGGACCUCCUGUGCCACCUUAUGAUUAUAACGGGUUCUUGGCAACUCUUGAAUUUGUCGAGAAAUCAUCAAGCACAGAAUCAUCCAACAUUUCUCCAGUAAAGACAACUGAACCUGGUAUUAUGAUGGAUGGAACAAGUGCUCCCCGUCAUGUGACAUCAAAACCAGGAUGUGACAUUCUAUAUUCUGGCAACGAAACAAGAUCUGGUCACUUCAACAGCCGUUCCUUAUCUUGGAGACCAUCUUGCAGUAUAACUUUCUUAGGGAGACCUACAGAUAUAGUGCAUGUGUCACUUUUCAACUAUAUGCUCAGGGCGCCAUCUUGUCAGUCUGUUGUGGAAGUAUACGAUGGCCCAGUCGAAGAAGGUGUGAAACCAUCUAAGCGAAUAUGCAGCCCACUUACAAAACAUGCUCGGGAUCCUAGCGGGAGGUUCUUGGAGCAACAGACAUUUGUAUCUUCUGACAGCAUGCUGAUGCUAGUGCUGAAACGUCUUGGUCCUCCAACAUCACCUACAGAAAUAGAUACAGAGUUUCUAGAUGGAGCAUUUCUAUUUCAUGAUGAGCAAGUGGAUGGAACACUGCAACCUGAUACUCUGUGUGAUGUGGACUACUAUGGUCUCAGUAGUCCAUUAGAAGGAAGGAUCUCAAAUCCAGGAACACAGCAUCUAUUUUGGAACAUUGAAGGGGCUCUUAAAUGCUCACAGAGGUUCAUACCAGCAACAAAUCAGAGUGUUACAAUUACAGUAUCAACCUUGGCCAGAUUAUCCCCUGACCCUCACUGCCACACUCAGUGUGGAGAUGGAGGUUGUCAAUGUGUAGCAAAUUUACUUCCCCUUUCCCAGAUGGACCAUUUGCUUCUAGUAACUGAUUCUGAUCAGGCUGUAUCCUGCCUGUGCGGUGAUUUCCAGCAACAGUGGCUUCCAGUGAGUCUUCGCAGCUGGUCACCUUUAAAAGUGGUGUAUUCCGUUGCACAUUAUAGCUGGAAUAUGAAAGGAUUUGUGUUCAAAGCAGCAUACACCUUUAACAAUGACGCAGCUUGUGGACAUACCAUAAUCACACACCCUUCAGGAGAGAUUCUGUCAAGAAACGUUUCAUCUGCAAGCAUGACAUUAAACUACUAUUUCCACCAGGAAUGCACAUGGCUUCUGGAUUCCAAAGUAGAGAGACAACUCACAGUUGAGCUGCUAACACAUCAAAAUCGUCCAUGUACAGCCUGGAAUGUUAGUGUCCAUGAAUACGAAGGAAGUAGAAUUGAUGGUGUUGGCCAGCUACUCCACACGUUUUGUCCACGUGACCGCAGUAAAGAAUAUUCACUGCCAUGGAAAAUGAACACUGUAUUGCUUAGGUUACAAGCCAUGACAAGGACUCUUCCAGAAUAUGCCAUUCGAUGGAACUCACAAAUAGUACGAGCCAAUACUCGUGUGUCUGGCCCUACAUCAUCACCAGGACACAGUGCAGGUACAAGCAAUGUGUUUCAUGUGAUAUGGACUUGUAUAAGCAUUGUGCUGCAAUCAGUAGUAACAAAGUAGAACAGCAAGUUGAACUUGCAUAAUUACUAGAGUCCACUGCUCAAUCAGGACUCUGUGAAUAACUGCACUGCACAUCCUUUCUUCUAGUGCAGCCCGUGCACUGAGACAAAUAGUGCAAUAUAGUGAAGUAUGCCAGCAAGUGUGUGUGUAAUCACGUGUGAAUGAAGGGAAAGUUUGUGUCAUGCUCAAGUGUUCACUGUAAAACGAAAGACACAGAACAAAUUUAAAAUGUGACAAUGUAAAUAUUUACACACCGAUUUAUUCCUGAAUAUGUGAAUAGCAACUGAUAGUUGGAGGAACUGUAACUAAGAUGCUUGUCCAAACAUGUAUUUUAGUAUCACUGAAAGUCUUAUCCAGGAUUUUUCACUGUUCUUCGUAUCUUAAGAACUCAAGAAAUAUAGUAAGGCUUCCAUCUUAUUAAACAAAUGUCAUGUUGGACUAUUCUAUUGCAGUCAUAUCUUCCAUGCAUGGAUUAGUGUUAUACGUAUGUAGCAUGUGGUACAACAUCGUGCAAUUAACAAUAAUUUUGUAAAUAAGACUUCUGUUGACACAUUCAUAUUCCAGUAA